AUGAGAGCAACUAUAGAGGAAACUACACUACCAGACCUUUACAAAGUGCUAGCUUUGCGCGAGAACCUUACUGAAGACACUCAGAAGAGAAUGGCGAAUCUUUUCAACGGCUCUUACACUUAUGCUCAAGCCUGGAGCGAGCUAAAGGACAAAUAUGGUGUGCCCGCAUUGAUUAUUCAAGCCCACAUCCAGCACUUGCAAAUGGUGCAAUCAUUCCGUAACGGCGAUUUCAAGUCCCUCGCCGACCUAGCCUCUCUCGUCCGGGAUGCAGUAUCUAGCGUAGCCGGAGACCCAAGUAUGAACGAAUUCACGCACUCAACGGUCGUCAACCAGCUCGCCACUAAGUUGCCUUUCAAUUUGCAACAGGACUGGGGACGUUAUGCUUACAAUCUACGUCCAAAGGUCUCUUCCUUAGCCGACUUUGACCGCUGGAUUGACGCCAUUGUAGGAGCGGAAGAGUUGCGCGGCGCCAAACUCAACAAUUACGUAACACCGAAGCAAAACCCGCCACCGCGCCCUGCACUACCUUUCCCGCCAACAAUUCUAAAAAAUUCCGUCGCGUUCAAGAUUCCAAAUUCCGUCGAAAGCCCAUCCGAGAGACCCAAUCGAGCAGACAACCAAUGGCCUGCAUGUCCAGCUUGCAGCGAUAACCCUGGCCAUCGUCUCGAAGCAUGCGGCAUAUUCCGAAAAAUGUUGCCGUCUCAGCGAGCAGCCCUUUGCGGAGAAAAUAACCACUGUUUCAAGUGCUUGCUUCCCGGACACUAUGGGCGAUCCUGCAGGAACACCGACGUGGCGUGUAAUGCCUGCCCCGGCAAGCACCACUCUCUCAUUCAUGGAGCCGAACGCGUUUUUCCUGGAAAGCCUCAGCCAAAAGGUAAAGCAACUCUCCAGAUUUUAUUAGUUCACGCACCAAAAACGUCGCCGAAACCCGUCCUACUCGCCAUAACCACAAUAGUCGUUUAUAGUGACAAAGAAACCAUCCUUACAUUCGGCGUUCUUGAUCCUGGUAGUGAAGCCACUCUUAUAAAAUCAAGUCUUGCACAAAGGCUUCGCCUCAAAGGAGCUAAUCAGAAAAUACGAUUUGGGUCAUUCCAUAACGCCGUUCUACUCGACUCUGCCGAUAAAGCCAGGACAUUUCAAGUAACCGAUGCCUUCACCGUCCCAGAUAUCCAGCUGUCACCACGUAAUAUCAACUGGCAUACAGAAAAAUUUGAAUGGCCCCACCUCUCCGACUUAAAUUUGCCUCCUAUCGACUCAUCUAAAGUAGAAUUGCUUAUCGGAAUUGAUAUAGUAGACGCGCACGAAAUUUUAGACUCUCGAAUAUCCAGCCACAACGAACCACGCCCUAAUUUAACAGUAUUUGGUUGGGCGGUAGUAGGAAAAAUUCCACCCUCUCUGAUCCGCGGACCGAGCGCAAAGCGAAGUGUAAACGUCAAUGGAAUAUCCCCCACUUUGCAGCUAAUCGACCUCGUACAAAAAUUCUACAGCACAGAAACGUUCGGAGUAGACAUUCAGGCGACAAAACCCAGCUCCCCCGAAGACGCUUUAGCAAUCAGCAUCCUAAAAUCGUCAAUCCUAAAUAUUCGUUGCGGAUGGCAAGUCGAUCUCUUGUUCAAAUCACCAAACCCGAACAUGCCAAACAACCGCGCACAUGCAGUGUCGCGUUUUUACGCUGUCGAACGUCGCUUAUUGUCCCAAGAAAACAAAGUCAACGCUAUUCGUUAUCGUGAAAUCAUUGAAGGUCAUCUCGCAAAUGGCUACGCCAUCGAAGUCCCGUACGACCAGCUGCAACUCCCUUUCGGAAAGGUUUGGUAUCUCCCACACCAUUUCGUCGUCACUAAUCCGAAUAAACCAAACAAAAUCCGUGUGGUUUUUUACUGUUCAGCUAAAUUCAACAACGUCUGCCUUAACGACUUUCUCCUACGUGGCCCUGUCUUACUCUCCAACUUAACCGGCGUGCUGCUCCGAUCGCGGCAGUAUUUAGUCGCUGUAUCUGCAGAUAUAGAAAGCAUGUAUCACCGAGUCGGAGUCACCCCCAAAGACCAAUCCGCAUUACGCUUCGUAUGGCGCACUCCAGGCAGUGACGAACCGCUCCCAACACUACAGAUGACGACGCAAGUUUUUGGAGCCAUCUCCUCGUCUUUUUGGGUCCUGCAGCACGCAGUAAACAGCAAUUCGCAAUUCCCAGCCGUAGCUAAAAAACUCGUCGACAAUUUCUACGCAGACAAUUUAAGCGACUCGUUCGAAACCGAAGAGGAAGCCAUCCUCUUCUCAAAACAGGCCGUCAAGUCUCUCGCGUCCGGAGGCUUCCGUCUAACGGCGUUUGCUUCCUCAUCCCGACGCCUUUUAGCCUCCAUUCCACCUUCAGAACGAUCGAGUCACUCAAUUUAG